AUGACAUCAAAAAGAAGAAUUAAACAUCUAUUGGAGCUUGCUAAAGAAGCUAGUAGUAAAGAUGACGAUAUGAACAACAUUACAUAUAAAAAAAAAAGUAAGACAAAUAUUACCAAUUUCUCUAAUAGGAAACCAAAAUAUGAAACUAAUUUAAUAGCCAAUUCAUCUAUUUCAAAAACAAAAUAUGAAGUUUUAACAGAAGAUUCCUUAAAUGAUAUUGAAUUCAUUUAUGAGAAUGUUGUAACUUCUAUAAAUGAACCAGAUAAUAUUUAUAAUGAAAAUAAUUUAAUUAAUGUUCCUAAUAAUACUGCACCAACUACUGAAAAUCAAGUUGAUGACAGUAUUUAUAACAAUACUGACUGUAUAAUUAAUUUUGAAACUGAUAAUUCUGAAUUUAAUAAUUAUGAAGAUUGCUUAAAGGAUAAUAUUGAAUUAACUUAUGAAGAUGUAGAAGUUGUAACUUCCAUUGAUGUACCAGGUAAUAUUUCUAAUGAAAAUAAUUUAAAUGUUCCUAAUAAUACUGCACCAACUACUGAAAAUCAAGUUGAUGACAGUAUUUAUAACAAGACUGACUGUAUAAUUAAUUUUGAAACUGAUAAUUCUGAAUUUAAUAAUUAUGAAGAUUGCUUAAAAUAUAAUAUUGAAUUAACUUAUGAAGAUGUAGAAGUUGUAACUUCCAUUGAUGUACCAGGUAAUAUUUCUAAUGAAAAUAAUUUAAAUGUUCCUAAUAAUACUUCACCAACCACUGAAAAUCAAGUUGAUGACAGUAUUUAUGACAAGACUGACUGUAUAACUAAUUUUGAAACUGAUAAUGGUGAAUUUAUUAAUUAUGAUCAUGACUAUUCAAAAGAAAUUGAAAUUGAAACUUCAGAUUCAAUCACUGACAAAAGAGUGCGUAAAAGGGGUAUAAUAUCACAAAAAAAAAAUUGGAAUAGGGAAGUUAUGCAACAAAAUAGAUUGCUAGGAAAGGCAUACAUAGGGUUUCAGAGGCAAGGCAAGAAAGUAUCUCAAGAUGUAAAUAAGGAUGAAAGGAAAAUGAAACCAACAUGUGCUUCAACAUUUUGCAAUAAAUCAAAAAACAGAUACUGCGACAAUUUUUCUGAAUCUGAGAGAAGUGAACUGUUUAACCAUUUUUGGAAUAAUUGUACAUCCUGGGCAGAAAAGAAAACUGUUUGUGUAAAUAUGAUUACCAAGACAGAAACAAAACGUAUAAUAUAUAAUGACCGAAAGUGA